GGGGCGGAAGUUUUCCACCCCACCCAUAAGAGUUGAGGUUUGACCGGAGCAAGAGAGGAUCCCAUCCCGGGUUCCAGUUUUCCGUGGCUCCUCCUCCUGUUGCUGCAGGUGUUAUUCCUGGGACUCAGAUGGACCACACAGCCCCGACCUACAUGCUUGCUAACUUAACCCACUUACAUUCUGAACAACUUCUGCAGGGAUUGAAUCUUCUUCGCCAGCAUCACGAACUCUGUGACAUCAUUCUUCGAGUAGGUGAUGUUAAAAUUCAUGCUCAUAAAGUGGUACUUGCCAGCAUCAGCCCAUACUUCAAAGCUAUGUUCACUGGCAACCUUUCUGAGAAAGAGAACAGUGAGGUUGAGUUUCAGUGCAUUGAUGAAGCUGCGCUGCAGGCCAUUGUGGAGUACGCCUAUACAGGCACAGUUUUCAUUUCUCAGGACACAGUUGAAUCUCUCCUGCCAGCAGCAAACUUACUCCAGAUAAAACUCGUUCUUAAAGAAUGUUGUGCAUUUCUUGAAAGCCAACUUGACCCUGGUAAUUGUAUUGGAAUUUCCCGUUUUGCUGAGACUUACGGUUGUCAUGACCUUUAUUUGGCAGCUACUAAAUUCAUAUGCCAGAAUUUUGAAUCUGUUUGCCAGACAGAAGAGUUUUUUGAGCUUACACAUGCUGAUUUGGACGAAAUUGUCUCCAAUGACUGCUUGAAUGUAGCUACUGAAGAGACAGUUUUUUAUGCAUUAGAAUCUUGGAUCAAGUAUGAUGUACAAGAACGCCAGAAGUACUUAGCCCAGCUGCUGAACAGUGUACGGUUACCAUUGCUGAGCGUUAAGUUCCUCACUAGGCUCUAUGAAGCGAAUCAUCUUAUCCGUGAUGAUCGCACCUGUAAACAUCUCUUGAAUGAAGCCCUAAAGUACCACUUCAUGCCUGAACAUAGACUCUCUCAUCAGACAGUCUUGAUGACACGACCUCGCUGUGCUCCCAAAGUACUGUGUGCAGUAGGAGGAAAAUCUGGACUCUUUGCCUGUUUGGAUAGUGUGGAGAUGUACUUUCCCCAGAAUGACUCUUGGAUUGGUCUGGCGCCCUUAAAUAUUCCUCGCUAUGAAUUCGGAAUAUGUGUUUUAGACCAAAAAGUCUUUGUUAUAGGUGGUAUUGAAACUAGCGUGCGUCCUGGUGUGACUGUCAGAAAACAUGAAAAUUCAGUGGAAUGUUGGAAUCCUGAUACAAACGCCUGGACUUCUCUCGAGAGAAUGAAUGAGAGCCGAAGUACUCUCGGAGUGGCAGUACUCGCUGGAGAAGUUUAUGCUUUAGGUGGAUAUGAUGGCCAGUCUUACUUGCAGUCUGUAGAAAAAUACAUCCCUAAAAUAAGGCAGUGGCAACCUGUGGCCCCAAUGACAACCACAAGAAGUUGUUUUGCUGCAGCUGUCCUGGAUGGAAUGAUAUACGCCAUUGGAGGCUAUGGCCCCGCUCACAUGAACAGUGUGGAGCGUUAUGAUCCAAGUAAGGACUCCUGGGAGAUGGUUGCACCCAUGGCUGAUAAGAGGAUUCACUUUGGCGUCGGAGUUAUGCUAGGUUUUAUUUUCGUGGUAGGUGGGCAUAACGGUGUCUCACAUUUGUCAAGCAUUGAAAGAUAUGAUCCUCAUCAAAAUCAGUGGACAGUGUGUAGACCAAUGAAAGAGCCCAGGACAGGAGUUGGUGCUGCAGUAAUCGAUAACUACCUGUAUGUCGUCGGUGGUCACUCAGGGUCUUCCUAUCUGAACACAGUACAGAAAUACGACCCUAUCUCAGAUACAUGGCUGGAUUCAGCAGGCAUGAUAUACUGUCGCUGCAAUUUUGGAUUAACUGCACUUUGACAAGUGUGAACUUGUGGAAAUCGCACAAGGAGGUACUACAGGAAAGAGUGCCCAGUGACCUGAACCUGACAGCUAGCUGCACUGCUUUCUUUGUAACUUAAAGUGGCAUGAAGACUCAGUUUUGUUGGGUACUUUGAACUGACUAAUAGCUUGCUCUUGAUUAUAUAGUGAAUUAAUAAUUAAACAAGGGGAAAAAAAAAAGGAAAGUCCUAAGCAAUUAAAUCGUGCACUUUUCUUCACUGA